AACGUCAUGCUAACAUCUCGUUACUGCAACCUAGUCUGGGUGCCAUCAAUAUCAACAAUACAAAAUUCAAAUAAUACGUUAGCGUGCUCAACAAUUAAUUGUAGUUCAAAUUUAACAAAAUUAAAUCAAAAUUUUUUAAAUAGUUGUGGACAUUUUUCAUUGUGGGAACCGACAACAUUUCAGUGUAGUUUUUUACGUGUACGAACUGUCAAUGUGUUACGUCCAUUAAAUCCGUAUGUCGUAUAUUGGACCACUACUCAUACUGCAGCAACCCCUUCGUCAUCCAAUUUUUUUCAUCCAGUUACUAUGGAAACAAGGUACAAAAGCGGAGUACGUAGCUCAGUAAGAGGAUCAUCGAGUCGGGACGGUGAUCGUCGAACACGUUACACAUCAAUCACAUCAAACAGUGGUGGGGGUUUAGGUGGGGGUGGUGACGUCACAACAAACGAAUUUUGUGAUAUACGUCGUUCAUAUAAAGGUGGUGUCCUCCCACAUCAUAAUCAUCAUCAUCAUCAUCAGAAGCAAUCGUAUAUUGAGUCACAUCACCGACGAAGCACCCGACCAACUCAUCAUCGUGGCACAACGUCAAUGAACAUGGGUCAAAAAAUAAGCGGCGGUGUUAAAACAGUGACACGGGAUUCACCCACUCCCUACAAACCAGUGAUACCACGUGAACUAGCACAAGAUUUCGCACGGCCAGCACGUUUAGAUAUCCUAUUAGAUAUGCCACCGGCAUUACGUGAUACACAACUCAAACAUUCAUGGAACGCUGAAGAUCGUUCACUAAAUAUCUUCGUUAAAGAUGAUGACAAAUUAACCUUCCAUCGGCAUCCCGUUGCACAAUCAACAGAUUGUAUACGGGGUAAAGUGGGAUACACAAAAGGACUACAUGUUUGGGAAGUGUGUUGGUCCACACGACAACGGGGUACACAUGCUGUGGUUGGCGUAGCGACCACAGAUGCACCGUUACAUUCGGUAGGAUAUCAAAGUUUAGUUGGGGCAUCAGAUCAAUCAUGGGGUUGGGACUUAGGUAGAAAUAAAUUAUAUCAUGAUUCAAAGAAUAAUGUUGGUGUCACAUAUCCUACGUUGUUGAAACCAGAUGAAACUUUUAUUGUACCAGAUAAAUUUUUAGUGGUGUUAGAUAUGGAUGAAGGCACAUUAAGUUUCGUAGUGGAUGGACAAUAUUUAGGUGUUGCAUUUCGUGGUUUGAAAGGACGUAAAUUAUAUCCAAUUGUUAGUGCUGUUUGGGGUCAUUGUGAAAUUACGAUGAAAUAUAUUGGUGGAUUAGAUCCUGAACCCUUACCAUUAAUGGACCUAUGUCGACGAGUAAUUAGACAACGUAUUGGUAAACAACAUUUGGAAGACCGAAUUACAAAUUUAGCAUUACCACAUGCAAUGAAAACGUAUUUAUUAUAUCGUGAUCGUAGAUAAUACUUUCGUGGCAAAACAUUAUUUUGUGGCCAGCUUUAAAAAUAUGAAAAAAGAAAAACAAAAUGAACAAACUGUAAUAAUUUUAUGACAAAGAAUUGUUUUUUUCUUUUUUAUAAUUUGUGAAAAGUGCUCGCAUUUAUAAUAAUAAUUAGUAAUCGGAAGCGGAGCGGCGGACAUGUGCGAAGAAGGAAUGUUGUUUUUAAAAAAAAAAUGCUCACGCAUCGUGUGCUGCUUAAUUUAUGAAAGACUUUUUUUUAUGUUAUUAAAGACAAUUUAUGAAAACUAAAAAAAGAAAAACUGAAAG